AAGAUAUCGAUCUCACCGGCACAGCACUUACAACAGUACCAGAUUGUUUCUAUUGUAAAUGGACCUUUUUUAAGAAUAGAUUUUCUGUUAAAAUUCCAACUGAUUUCGUUUGUGGAUCAUUCUCAUUUUUUGUAAAUACAACCAAACUUACAUUCGAAUGGGCCUAUGAUAUAAGUAUUGUCAAUGCUGCAUUUGGUAUUAUUGAAGGAACAUCGCUUCGAGUUGAAAUCAAUGGUACUUUCAAUACUACAAUGGACUAUCUAGUUGUAAUCAAUGGUGUUUCAUGUUCACCUGCAGACAUAUAUCCAAAUGUUUUGAUUUGUACUUUAAGUUCUAUACCUACAAUCAGAAACCCUAUAGUAACUGUAACAAAUGAAAUUCAAUCUAUUAAUACUACUUUAAAGAUACAAAAUAUACCUAUUGUUGUUUCAACAUCAAAGCUUUACGAAUCGGGAGGAAACUUAACCCUCUAUGGGUACUUCCAUGAUAAUAUUAUUCAGGCAAACGUUACUGUCAACAAUGUAAAUUGUACUAUUACCAAGGCAAACUCUACUGUUAUAGUAUGCAUUAUUACAACCAAUCUGACACCUGGUUUUGCAAAUUUAAGUGUAUUUACCAAUAAUAUAGAGUUUAUAUCCUCUUAUUUAGUUAUAUAUCCUUUGGAUAUACCAAAUAAUUGUAUUGUUGAUAAUUCUACUUGUAGUAGUAAUGGUAUUUGUAUAAACAAUAAGUGUGUUUGUAAUAGUGGAUUUGGUGGUUAUUAUUGUCAGUCUACAUUGACACCAACUGUAAUAAUUCAACCAAAUACAACAUCACCCAACGUCAAUGUAAUUUCAAACAACACACAAUUCCAAUUCAAUAUCAUUGCAAUACAAGAGUUGGACGAUCUCCGAGAUGUCUUCAGUAGCUAUCACUUCAAUGUAUCAAAUUGGAACUAUUCAAAGUCAUCCGAUAUUGAAAAGGAUAACUAUAAAUAUGUUCUAAAUGACUCGAGUGUACAGUUCAAGACAGAGGUCAAUAUAGAUAACUUUAAGGUCUACAAGAAUUUAACUUUUGCUGGUAUUGAAACUAUUUAUCCUCCAAACUCUUUGAAGUUAUCGAUCACUAUAAGUGGAUGGUCAUUCAACUCGAAUCUAAAUACACUGAGGGUGUUGUUUGCGACCGAGAUGAAGUACCAAACAAUCGAAGAUAAGUGUCAAUCGGAAAUCAGAGACAAACAACAAUUCGAUCAACUUCAUAACUUACAAUACUUAACGAUUACCAAGGAUGGUGUCACCUAUUUCGGAAGAUUCUUGGAUUAUGUUUUAUCAGAUAACCGACCUGCCUACUCAUUGAAUGAGAUCAUCAGUAACUCGACAACCAACAGUACUCAAUCGGUAACCAUUGGAAUCAACAUGCCACAGAGCCAAACAACCAUCAUAGACCCUGAUUUUUCUGUGCUAAUUGAUCCAUCAAGUGAACCAACAGAUUGCAAAGAAGAUUCACCAUCGUCAUCUUCUAAAUCAAUGAAGUUAGUAGCAAUCAUCGUUCCUGUUGUCAUUGUUGGUGUUGCUCUUAUUGUCGGUAUGGCCAUAUUCAUUCACAGGCAUAAUAGAUUUAUCAGACAAGAAGAAAAAGUUCAAAUUAAACUAUCUAGAUUGGAUAAUAAAUAA